CACAGUGUUGAAAUCAGCCUAUUGACCAGUUGAUCUCCUACGAAAAAUGAAGGUACUCUUUGUCGUCCUUUUGCUGGCCUAUGAAUACGCCCAUGCAGCCAACCACUACUGCUCCAUCUGCAACGCGAAAGUUUCGCUGGGAGCAGGUCUGACGGACGACUGCUUCCUAAAGCCUGUGCUAAGUGACUGCAAGGCUGACGAACAUGGAUGCUACGCCUCACUGAAGAUCAACACUGCUGCCAAGACCAUGGAGUUCAAGAGGUCAUGCACGGCAGAGGGCAAGGAGUUGGGUCAGAGCAGUGUCAAUGGUGAUGAAAUCCUCAUGGAGAGGUUCUUCAGCGAAUACGGAAGCAACUGCGACAACGGUGAGAUCCUCUUCAGCCACAACAGCCUGUCCGGAGCUCAGCUGGCCACAUUCAAGGAUGCCGUCAAGAACUGGGAACGCCCGGAAUGCGACUUCACCGGCAGAAUUUAAGAAGGAUUAUGAAAAUAUGAUUUCAUUUCAAUUACAAAAUCUAUUUGUUCCAUCUCCUCAAUAAAUUUCAUUAAUUUAAAAA